CCAAUGAGAUCACCGAAGCAAGGUCCACCAGGAAACACAGUCAGUAAUGUAGAGCAUAGUUCAAGUUUCUGCUCCAUUUAUCAGUUUAGGUUUAUGUUCAUCAACACUUUAGACUUUUAUAUUAAUUCGUCUUCAGGUUUUCAACUGUAAAAAUGCACAGAGUACAGAUUUUAUCUGGACAUCUGUCGUCAAAUGGACGUUUGGGUAUGAGACAGUGCAGCGCAUCAGCUGUUGAUCCAAACGAUAUCGUUGUAGUUCAUGGGCUACGAACAGCAAUCGGCCGGGCGAAAAGGGGAUCAUUUAAGGACACAACUCCAGAUGAGCUUCUCAGUACUGUGAUGAGUAAAGUUCUCAAGGAUGUUGGACUGCCACCCGCCUCACUAGGGGAUGUGUGUGUCGGUAAUGUUCUACAGCCUGGAGCGGGUGCACUGAUGGCUCGAGUUGCCCAUUUUCUUAGUGGCUUUCCCGAGUCUGUACCAGUCUACACAGUGAACAGGCAGUGUUCUUCUGGACUACAGGCACUUUUUAAUAUUGCAGGUGGAAUCAGGAAUGGGGCGUAUGAUCUGGGUCUUGCCUGUGGUACGGAGAGUAUGUCACUGCAAUCAGUAGGAAACCCAGGGGAUAUUAGCCCUAGACUAAUGGACAAUGAGAAGGCCAGAGACUGUAUAAUUCCCAUGGGAAUAACCUCAGAGAACGUUGCAGAGAGAUUUGGCAUCAGCAGGGAUAAACAGGAUAGAUUUGCUCUCAGGUCCCAACAAAAUGCAGCCAUGGCCCAGAAACAGGGCCUAUUUGAUCAAGAGAUCGCACCAGUCACUACUAAAUUCAUGGAUGAAAACGGCACAGAGCGCACCAUUACUGUCUCAAAGGAUGAUGGAAUCCGACCUGGCACUACGCUGGAAGGCCUUGCCAAACUCCGUCCAGCAUUCAAGGAAAACGGCAGCACUACAGCUGGAAAUGCAAGCCAGGUGAGUGAUGGCGCUGCAGCCGUUCUGAUAGGGCGGAGAUCUACAGUAGAGAAACUGGGACUGCCUGUUCUUGGGGUGCUGCGGGCGAGCGCUGUGGUGGGUGUGCCACCAGACAUAAUGGGCAUUGGCCCAGCCUAUGCUAUCCCAGAGGCCCUUAAACAAGCAGGUCUGAAGGUUGAUGAUAUUGAUGUGUUUGAGAUCAAUGAAGCCUUUGCUAGUCAGGCUGUGUAUUGUGUGGAAAAGCUAGGCAUUCCCAUGGAGAAAGUGAAUCCUAAUGGAGGGGCUAUUGCUUUUGGUCAUCCCCUUGGCUGCACUGGGGCUCGACAGGUUGUGACACUUCUGAAUGAGCUCAAACGCAGACGAAAGAGAGGGUAUGGUGUAGUGUCCAUGUGCAUCGGGACUGGAAUGGGAGCUGCCGCCGUUUUUGAAUACCCGGGACAAUGAUUAAAGCUCUUUCACAAAAUCCCAAGAUGCAAAAAAUUUGUAAUUAACGUGCUAAACCACUAACUGUAAAAUGCAAGCAGAUAAAGCAGAGCGGUUCCUAAGUUAACUGUAAAAAGUAACAGCUGCUCUACUUAAAAAACUUUAGGUGUUACCAGUUGAAGUCAUUUUUAAAGUAGGGAUGCACCAAUACCACUUUUUUGGAGUACGAGUACUUGCAUUUCAUUACUUGCCGAUACCGAGUACUUAAUAAAAAAACAUGAUUUAAAUUUACAGGUAACCGCUUUAGUCAUAUAAUUUAACAAAAAAAAACAAAGGACUAGUUUUCCAGUUUGUUGUAAACUCUGCCUCUUUGGACAACACGAGGCAUUAACCCCUUACACACCGCUCAAACAUAGACAUUUCUCAGACCGUGGUAUCGAUUCCAGGUAUCGGGGGACUUUUAACGAGUACGAGUACUUUAGAAAAUGUGGUAUCGAGGCCGAUACCAGUAUCGGUGCAUCCCUAUUUUAAAGUUAUUCCAACUUUUACUUUUUACAGUGUAGUGUGGAUCACUGGAUGAUACCUUACUAGUGCAGAUGUUAAUAAUAAAAUGGCACAUCUGUUUAAAGUGCCUUAUAUUUUAACUAUGACGGCAACACAUCAUGGAAAUAGAUGAUAUCUGUGUAAGAGCAAUCAGAUAUUUUACGCAAGGGAUAUGAUAUUUCUGUAUUUUGAUUUAAGUAUUUUCAUAUGGAUACAGGCAGAGUAUUCAGGAUUAUAGAAAGAAUGUUUUUAAUAAGCAUUACAUUUCAUUACAUAACAUUUACACAAUGUUAGAGGACUGGUGUAAUUUGUUAAGAUUUGUAAUGCAUUUCAAGCGGUUAUUCAUUACAAUAAAAAUAAUUUGUUACAAAUAAACUCUUGCAUUCCAAAGGUUAGGAUCAAAAUCACUGUUUAACUGCAACCUUUGAGUUCACAUUGGAUAAUUUGAAAUCUUGG